CUUUGAAACGUAUGUUGAACUUCAAUGUUCCUCCGGUUAAAAACAGCACAGGAGAACCCGUAUGGAAGGUUCUCAUUUAUGACAGAUUCGGCCAAGAUAUAAUCUCACCAUURCUGUCAGUGAAAGAGUUGAGAGACAUGGGGAUCACUUUGCAUCUGCUUUUGCAUUCAGAUCGAGAUGCUAUUCCAGAUGUUCCAGCUGUUUAUUUUGUAAUGCCAACAGAAGAAAAUAUUGACAGAAUGUGCCAGGAUCUUCGAAAUCAACUUUAUGAAUCAUAUUAUUUAAACUUUAUUUCUGCCAUUUCAAGAAGUAAACUGGAAGAUAUUGCAAAUGCUGCUAUAGGUGCUAAUGCAGUAACGCAGGUGGCUAAGGUGUUUGACCAGUAUCUCAAUUUUAUUACUUUGGAAGAUGAUAUGUUUAUAUUGUGUAACCAAAACAAAGAGCUUGUUUCAUAUCGUGCCAUUAACAGACCAGAUAUAACCGACACCGAAAUGGAAACGAUAAUGGACACUAUUGUUGAUAGUCUCUUCUGUUUCUUUGUUACACUUGGAGCUAUUCCUAUAAUCAGAUGCUCAAGAGGAACUGCAGCUGAAAUGGUGGCAGUGAAAUUAGAUAAGAAGCUUAGAGAGAAUCUGAGAGAUGCCAGGAACAGUCUUUUUACGGGUGACACGCUUGGAGCUGGCCAGUUCAGCUUCCAAAGGCCCCUAUUAGUCCUUGUUGACAGAAACAUAGAUUUAGCAACUCCUCUACAUCAUACUUGGACAUACCAAGCUUUAGUGCAUGAUGUACUGGAUUUCCAUUUAAAUAGAGUUAACUUGGAAGAAUCAGCAGGAACAGAAAGUUCUCCAGCAGGUGCUAGACCUAAGAAAAAAAAUAAGAAGUCCUAUGACUUAACCGCAUCUGACAAGUUCUGGCAAAAGCAUAAAGGCAGUCCUUUUCCAGAGGUAGCCGAGUCUGUUCAGCAGGAACUGGAGUCCUACAGAGCUCAGGAAGAUGAAGUCAAAAGGCUUAAGAGCAUCAUGGGUAUAGAAGGGGAGGAUGAAGGAGCAAUCAGUAUGCUCUCAGAUAACACUGCCAAGCUAACGUCAGCUGUGAGCUCACUUCCAGAACUGCUGGAAAAGAAGAGACUCAUUGAUCUCCAUACGAAUGUUGCGACUGCUGUUUUGGAGCAUAUAAAGACUCGGAAGCUGGAUGUGUAUUUUGAAUAUGAGGAAAAAAUAAUGAGCAAAUCCACUCUGGAUAAAUCCCUGCUGGACAUGAUUUCAGACCCAGAUGCAGGAACUCCAGAAGACAAAAUGAGAUUGUUUCUUAUCUAUUACAUCAGCUCAGCGCAGGCUCCUUCCGAGGUUGACCUGGAGCAGUAUAAAAAGGCGUUGCUGGAUGCCGGGUGUAAUCUUGCUCCUCUGAGCUACAUAAAGCAGUGGAAGGCUUUCACUAAGAUGGCCUCGGCUCCCACCAGCUAUGGAAACACUACACCUAAACCGCUGGGUCUGUUUUCACGUGUUAUGAACACAGGAUCACAGUUUGUGAUGGAAGGAGUGAAGAACUUGGUACUGAAACAACAGAAUCUACCAGUCACGCGCAUACUGGACAACCUUAUGGAAAUGAAGUCAAACCCAGAGACAGAUGACUACAGGUAUUUUGACCCCAAGAUGCUCCGAGGUAGUGACAGUUCAGUUCCAAGAAACAAAAAUCCAUUCCAGGAGGCAAUAGUAUUUGUAGUUGGAGGAGGCAACUAUAUUGAAUAUCAAAAUCUUGUUGACUACAUAAAGGGUAAACAAGGCAAGCACGUGCUGUAUGGCUGCAGUGAACUCUUCAAUGCUGCACAGUUUAUAAAGCAGUUGUCCCAACUUGGCCAGAAGUAAGACCGAAACACCAUUACCUGGAUGGCAGCAUGACAACAAAGACUUGUUAAAACACUCAGCUAUCUUCAUAUCUAUAAUUCUGUCAUUACAUUAAAACUUAAACAGUUCCAUUAAUUUGAUAUUUUUUUAAAAAGAUCUGUACUUAACAUAGUGUAUAACAACAUUUCAAAAAUAAAUCUUUAAAUAUGCUAUAUUUUUGAUGGAGGUCAGUGUCACAUUAUCACUUUCUAAAUGGAGUAUUAUCUAUGCCCUAUGACAGAGUGAGCUGCAAAGUUUAACAUUCUUGGGAUCUUGUAUAUAGUUGUAAAAUAAAAACAGUAAUUUGAAGAAAAAAGUCAAAUCUUAUUUUAGGAGACAUGUCCUUACUGAUAGGCCAGGCCAUCUUUAUUUAACAAAAUGGAAGAAGACAGCUGAGUUUUAGGACCACAGCUGAGCAGCCUUAGCAUGAGACAAGUUCUGCUUCUAGGUGUUUUCCCUUCAGUAUCUACCAAAGCCUUAUAUUGUCUUUGGAUUUGUUCGGUCUUCAGCUUAAUCGUCUGAAGUUGUACUUGAAGUCACUUCACUACACUUUUCUGAUACAGUAAUUGAGCUGUUUUUGUUGAGGUUGAAUAUCUGUAUUUGUUUGCCUGCCUACCUGCCUACGUCCUAAACUUGUGAAAACUGUAAUACUUUUUUUUUCCCCCUGUAUUUUUAUUGCUACUACUCUGGGCGUUCUGGAAAGUAACUAAGCCACACUCCAGCAAAAACUCCUAACUUGUAUAUGCACACAUUUAAAAUACUCUUUUUCUCAGUUUCAUUAGGAAGAGCUGGUUUACAUGCAGACAGCAAAUCUUUGGGCAUAAGUAAUGAUAGCUCUGGAGAUUAUAGGUAAGGAAUUUAAAGAAGGUAACACAAUUACUUUACAGUGCCUCUCUGCCUCUAAAAAUAUCCCCCCAGAAAAUUGCACUGCUACAGGUGAGGCAAUAAUAGAGCAUACUCUAGGUGAAGCCUGCUCUACUCAAGGAAGCAUUGAACUGUGUAUUAACAAAAUGUGAAAUUAUAAGAGUUACUGACCUUGUAGAAAUUUUUGCAGUAUUCCUCCUCAGAUGAAGUUUAAUGUUAAUUUUGGUUUAGAGGCAAUAUUCUUUUCCACUUGGAGUUAUUUUAAAACUUCUAUWUAAGAAAUGCAGCUGAUCUUAAAAGUAUCCCAAUAAAGGCAUAAUUUAAAUUAUAUUAUCCAAAACUAAUUAUACUUUUAAUUACCCUAGCAGAGCACUGCAAACUGCUCUGCAAUACUAACUUCACUAAUACAAUAAAUUUAUUUAUGCUGAUAUUAAUUAUAGUUCUUAUGUGAGCACUCUCCAAUGGUUCAGCCAGCUAGAGGACUCACUGUUUCAAAGRUGGCUCAUUAUUCUUCUAAUUCCCUAACGUGCAUGAUAAUUACAUGCACACUGUGUUUGCUAAACAAAGUCAAGGGCAUUUGGAAAAGAAAAUGAUGUUUAAGGUGGUUCUUGUUUUCUGUCAGAGUUGGUUCCAGGAGCUUGAAAUAAUCCCUGUAAAAAUGAGUUUAAAGCAGAGCUUGAACUUCACAGCUGUCACCUACGUUCUGGGAAAGCUGCAGCUUCUCAGGACAAAGAACUAGCAACCUGAGCUAAUGCUAUUUUUUGGUGAACAUCCUAUUUAACCUGAGAACUCCCCUUCUCUUGAUACRUGUUUCUGAGUUCUACACUCAGUUGCAGACAGCUGCGUCGUGACCAGGUGAGAGCUGGGG